AUGGCCUCAUUCGAUAUCAACCAGGAACGUGCUGUGAUCCAGGAUGCUGCUGAAUUCUUGAAUGGUGAGAUCACUGCGCACUUCGGUGCAACGUGCGAAUUUAAGCCAAGGGUCCUGAUCAUCUGCGGAUCAGGAUUGGGCGGCAUCUCUCAUGUGAUUUCCAGUAAUCCUCAGCCUCUAUCCGUUCCAUACUCUGCCAUUCCAGGGUUCAAGGCCAGUACGAUUGUAGGGCAUGCUGGAGACUUGUUAUUUGGUUUCAUGAACAAGACUCCUGUUGUUCUCAUGAAGGGUCGGCUGCAUGGUUAUGAAGGUAAUACAGCGCAGGAAAUUACCCGUCCAAUCCGUAUUCUCAACGAAUUGGGGUCAAUUGGUGUAUUGGUCGUGACAAACGCAGCGGGGGCGGUGAACCCCGAGUUCAGCGCUUGUGAGCUCAUGUGUAUCAACGACCAUAUCAGUUUCCCAGGGCUAUGUGGAUUUCAUCCCCUCCGCGGCCCGAACUUCGAUGAAACUGGGCCGCGAUUCCUUGCUACGAGUGAUGCCUACGACCUUAAAUUGCGCCAGCUACUAUUUUCCAAACACAAGGAGCUUGGAAUUGCUCGGCGUCUACAUGAAGGUGUGUACGCACACGUAUCGGGCCCUACGUUUGAGAGUAGGGCGGAAUCACGUUUGAUUAGGCUUGUGGGGGCAGACUGCGUUGGAAUGAGCACAGUUCCUGAAGUGGUUGUCGCGCGCCAUUGCGGCUGGCGGGUUCUCGCGCUAUCGCUUAUUACCAACUGUGUCGUACUAUCUCCUGCUGCCAGCGCUUUGGAUACGAACCCUGUACCUUUGGAUUUGGGCAAGGCAGAACACUCAGAGGUUAUUGUAAACGCCGCAGCUGCGUCCGCUGACGUAGAGCAGUUGGUCGAAGCGGUGGUUGGUGCACUUUAG